UUUGCGGUAGAUUCGUUCUUCUGAGUCAUGUUAAAGACUCGUUCAAACAGAGCGAAUCUUUCAUCAACGACUCAUCACUAGUACAAGUUUGGGAUCUUCUGUCUCACAGUAACUGUAUCAUCACUAACUUUUCCUGCCUAAAGGUUUGGAGUGUAAAUGGCCCGUGACAGCGCUGUAAUUAAGGUUCUACUUAUUCUCACUUUCUCUGUUCAUCUUUCAUCAGCAGACACGUACACACUUGUAUAUUUCUACACUGGAGUCACAAGACAGAAUUUCCCAGAGUUCAUUGCGGUUGUUCUGCUGGAUGGAGAGCAGUUUGUAUACUAUGACAGUAACAUCAGGGAGGCGAUCCCAAAGAAGAAGUGGGUACAGAAGUUAAAAGCUGAUGAUCCACGUUUCUGGGACAGAGUGACCGAGAGGAUGUGGGCUCACCAGGAAAGAUUUAAAGUCAAUGUGGCUAUAGCAAUGCAGAGCUUUAAUCAGACUAAAGGAAUACACACGUGGCAGCAGAUGCUAGGCUGUGAGCUUUAUGAUAAUGACACCACUAAAGGAUACACACAGUACGGUUGUGAUGGAGAAGAUUUCAUGAGUCUGGAUUUGAAGAAUGUCUCCUGGAGUGCAGCCAAACCUCAAGCUGUAAUGACUGAAAGCAAGUGGGAGUCUAAAGUAAACCGCGCUAAAUACUGUAAAGACUUCCUGACGUCUGAGUGUGUAGAGCAUUUAAGGAAGUUUGCGACUUACAGCAGAGUGACUCUGAAGAAGAAAGUUCGUCCGGAGGUGUCCAUGUUCCAGAAACGCUCUCCUUCUCCAGAGGUGGUGUGUCACGCUACAGGUUUCUUUCCCAAAGCAGUGAUGAUCACCUGGCAGAAGGACGGAAAGGACGUGCAUGAGGACGUGGAGCUCAGAGAGACGUUACCCAACCAGGAUGGAAGCUUCCAGAGGAGAAGCAUUCUGAAAGUCCCAGCUGAGGAGAUGCAGAAACACAACUACACCUGCGUGGUUCAGCACAGCAGCUUGGAGAAGGAGUUAGUGCGAGAAGUACCAAAAGGUGGAGGAUCAGGUGGAGCACCGAUUGCUAUCAUCACGGCUGUAGUCUUUUCUUUCGCCGCCAUUGUUGCUGGAAUUGUGGUCCGAAUGAAGAAGAACUCUGGAUUCAAACCUCUUCCACCCUGAGAUUCUUCCUCCAACAACUCUUAAAGUGUGACUGUGUGACUUCCUGCUGAACUGAGAGAGUAAGACAUGAUGUAGUUUACAGUGUACUGUAUAUAGAAUAAAAAUCUGUGUGUGGAGAGAAAACCCAGCAGAAAAGCCUGCAGUAACUUUCAGUGUCAGCUCAGAGCUCAUCCUGUUUCU